AUGGCAGGGUUGAAGGAGUUCACGGGCUUGGGCGGGCCGCAGCUUGCUGGCCUGUUUGCCGUUGCUGUUCUGACGCUCUGUAUCUGGCGUCGUUACCUUUCCCCGAUAAGUGACGUUCCGGGACCGUUUGCAGCCAGCUUCACUCGGCUAUGGCAUAUCCAUCGUAUCCUCAAGGGGGACCAAAAUCUGGAACUCAUUCGGUUACACAAUCAACAUGGUCAUUUUGUUCGUGUGGCGCCCAAUGAGGUCAGCGUCAGCCAUCCCGAUGCCGUCAGAAAGAUCUUGGGAACGAUGCUUCAUAAGGAUAAAUGGUACAAGAUCAUAGCCUUCCCAGAUGGCCGUUUCGAGAACCCCAUGUCCGCUACGGACCCCAAAGUGAAAUUGGAGUUGUCCAAGCAUCUUGCGCCUGCCUACACUCUCUCCAACCUACUCAUAAACGAGCCCAGCAUCAGCGAAACCAUCAAGCUCCUGCUGGGAUGGCUGGACAAGUUUGCUUCCUCCGGCGAGCCAAUCGAUCUGGGUAAAUAUUUUACCUUCGCAACCUCAGACAUCGUAGGCGACGCUGUAUUCUCUAAACAAUUUGGUUUCUUACGCGAGGGUCGCGAUAUCAACAACACUAUUGCCAACGCUACGCCGCAGACGGCCUACGUCUCUGUUGCCGGCUACUUCCGCUGGUUCCAUGUUCUCUUCCUCAGCAACCCAGUCAUCACCUGGCUGAAUAUCACGCCAUGGGGCCACCUUAUUGACACAGCUAUGACGGCUAUCAAGGAGCGCCAGAAGAACCCUGAUGCGCGAAUAGAUGCCGUCGCCCACUGGUUCCGUAUGCUCAAUCAGCACCCCGAUCGCAUGAAGCUGCAUGAGAUCCAUAGCGCCGCAUUUAACGCUGUCGCGGCUGGCAAUGAAACCGUCUCAUCUGGGCUGCAGGCAUUCGUGGCGGAGAUCGACGCCGCCGGCCUUAAGGACCCUGUCAUCAGCUACAUGGAUGCGCAGAAGUUGCCUUUUUUGCAAGCGUGUAUUAAAGAGACGCUUCGCAUAUUCGGACCUGCGCCAAUGGGCCUACCGCGCAUUGCACCCGAGGGCGGCUUGACAAUUGGUGAUCGAACUAUCCCCCAGGGAACCGUUGUCUCUGUUAGCAUCUGGGUUAUGCAUUAUUCGAAGGAGAUUUGGGGCCCGGAUGCUGGUGAAUUCAAUCCCGAUAGGUGGCUGGGUGAGGAUGCGGCGCGUCUUACGAAAUAUUAUAUUCCCUGGGGGAUGGGCUAUGCCUCCUGUCCUGGGCAGCACCUGGCGCGAAUCGAGUUGUACAAAAUUUGCGCAGCGCUCGUGCGAGACUAUAAUAUCCGACAAAUUGACCCAAAGCAAGAAUGGACGUGGAAGGCUUACUUCACUGUGGUUCCGCAUAACUGGCCAUGUAUUAUUGAGAAGCGGAAUAAGGAGACCACUCCCUAG